GUCGGCGAGGCCGGCGCCUCGCCAUCGAAACCGUCUCCGUGCAAAGACCUGCAGAAAGUUUUUACUGACUUCGCAAUGUGUGGCAGUGAGAAAAACAAUACAGUCGGUGCCGUCGAAAGCGUAGCUGUCGCACGAGAAGUCUUGUGUCCGUUUCGCUUCACGGCGAUGUUGACACGGCACCAGAAAUGAGAGCCAGACACUGAGGUGGCAAAGUGUGAGGUUUGGGUGGGGUCUGGGGUAAAGCUCUCAAGGUCCGCGCAGAUAUCCCACAAAGAACCGAACCCUUUUCCGUGCUGCUCCACGUCUCCAUGUGGCUCCCAGCUGAAAGCGAUUAAGGCGCCGCUCCAGCUUCCUCUCCAAAGUCCUUCUCUUGGAACGCAAGCACAGCGGCGUUGAGUCCCGGGACCUGGCAGCGGAGACGCUAUCCUUUCCAGCAUGAACAGGGCAUUUACCAGAAAAAAAGACAAGUCAUGGAUGCACACACCAGAAGCGCUGGCGAAGCAUUAUAUCUCAUACAGUGCUAAAUUCCUCGGACAUACAGAAGUUGACCAACCUAAAGGCACGGAAGUUGUACGGGAUGCCGUUCGAAAGCUUAAGUUUCAAAGACAUAUCAAGAAAUCUGAGGGACAGAAGAUUCCAAAAGUUGAAUUACAAAUCUCAAUCUAUGGAGUGAAAAUAUUAGACCCUAAAACAAAAAAUGUCCAGUAUAAUUGUCAGUUACAUAGGAUGUCUUUCUGCGCCGAUGACAAAACGGAUAAAAGGAUAUUCACAUUUAUCUGCAAAGAUUCCGAGUCCAACAAACACCUAUGCUAUGUCUUCGACAGUGAAAAAUGCGCAGAGGAGAUUACUCUGACCAUCGGUCAGGCCUUUGACCUGGCUUAUAAGAAGUUUUUGGAGUCAGGGGGAAAGGACGUGGAGACUCGGAAGCAAAUAGGAAGUUUGCAGAAAAGAAUUCAAGAAUUAGAAACUGAAAAUUCCGAGCUGAAACGACAGCUGCAAGGACUCGAGGAGCAGCUAAUGGUAACACGAGUGUCACCCGCAGGAAGCGUUUCCAUGAAAAGCCCAUCGACUGACAUUUUUGACAUGGUGCCGUUUUCUCCUGUGUCCCCGCUGACAUCGGCACCUUCCAGUAAUGGAACACCUCCCUUGCCCCCUCCUACAAGACCUGCUGGAACAAGGAAAGAUCUUUUUGGUGCUGAGCCUUUUGACCCGUUUAUUUGUGGGGCAGCCGAUUUUCCUCCCGACAUUCAGUCCAAGCUGGAUGAAAUGCAGGAGGGGUUCAAAAUGGGACUGACCGUAGAGGGUGCCGUCUUUUCUCUUGAUCCUCUAGACAGCCACUGCUGAUGCCAAGAUGUGUUUUUUGCACACAGCUGCAGACACUUGUAUUUAAAAGUGCCAAAAAAGGUCAUUUCAGAUAAGGCGAUGGUGGUGUUUGUAUGUCAUAGCUUUUGAUUUUGGCUUAGACACAAUCAAAAGUAUAUUAACAUGAUGGUAAAGCACUAUUUUUGUAUUAACCAGACUGAAAUAAUUUUAAGAUCAAAUUGCUUGUUCAGCAAAUGUUUGAAAAGGUAAUUAUGUAAGAUGGCGAAUUACAAAUUCUGCUGUUUAUUCUUUUAUAAUUUUUUUUUUUGUUAAACUUCAGUGUUAAUGCUUUGUUUUAAUAGAAUAUUAAACUUUCAUCACAUAUAGGAUUAAUUGUAAGAUGUAGCAUGCCAUAAUUUUUUAAACAGUUCAUUAUACUUUAACCGCACACAUUUACUUAUUAUGUAUAUUUCAUU